CGGCCAGCAGCACCCGGAGCCGGGACAGGGAAGUGGGCGCCCGCGGCUGGAGAAGCUGCUCCCCCGCCCUGCAGCAGAGUCGUCGCUGCGGUCGCCGAGGAAGGACGGAGGGGAGGCCCGCGCUGUCCGGGGAGAAACCUGUGGUGUCAUCACGUCUGGAAUGAAGGGAAAUGCAGUGGCUGUUUGCGCUCCAGGACUCCAAGAAGUACAGCAGAUGGUACGUGAGCAGUACACUACAGCCACAGAAGGCACCCACAUAGAGAGGCCAGAGAAUCAGUGUGUCUACAAAAUUGGCAUUUAUGGCUGGAGAAAGCGUUGCCUCUACUUGUUUGUUCUUCUUUUACUCAUCAUCCUCGUUGUGAAUCUUGCUCUUACAAUUUGGAUUCUUAAAGUGAUGUGGUUUUCUCCAACAGGAAUGGGCCACUUGCGUGUAACAAAAGAUGGACUGCGCUUGGAAGGGGAAUCAGAAUUUUUAUUCCCAUUGUAUGCCAAAGAAAUACACUCCAGAGUGGACUCAUCUCUGCUUCUACAAUCAACUCAGAAUGUGACUGUAAAUGCACGCAACUCGGAAGGGGAGGUCACAGGCAGGUUAAAAGUGGGUGAGUCCAGCUUUAUCAUGGUGUUUUGCCUGCAUGUGGUCCAUGAAUAGUGCUAAAUGGAUGCA